AUGAAGGUCUACGCGCAAAUCCUGCUUUUCGCUCUGCUGGCAACCAGCCUCUGCGCGCUGCCCACGCCAGCUCCUGAUGGGACUCCAGAAAGCUCGGAUUUGGCUAAACGAGCUCCUUACAAGAUGAGGCCUGGCGGUGAGCAGAAGUGCUGGAUCCAGCUCUUCGUGUGCAAAGACUGGGCCUCGUAUUCUGACCGAAGCGUUCACCCUCCCUACUUAUAGACACGAUCACUUACGAUAAGACAAAAGGCAAGCUAGUCAUUCACCACAGUGAGUGAGCGAGCCCAUGUGUGAUCCUGUGUUCCGCCAACUAUCCAGGCUAUCAUCUGACGCAACGAGCUUCCGUCAUCUUGCCCUCUGAACGUUUGUACAGAAGCUUGCCUCGGAGACAUCAUACCACUGAAGAAACGUGGCCAUGGUAAGUGGCAACGUGACGCUGCUAACUUUAUGAGAUUCGCACAUGAUGGCCGAGUGCCUAGUCAGCAAAGAGUGCACGUGGACCUUGCGCCUUACCAGAUGCAUUUUUCUGCCCACAGCCAACGACUUCGCUUACUGCUGA